AUGGGCGCAGGCAGGACAUUUAGGUGGCGGGUAGGGCUGCUGGUGACAGGCAUGCGGCUCGGGCAGAUGACAGCGGAUGGAUGCCAACUGAGAACGCAAUCCACAUCUGGCCAGGAAGGGCGACUGAAUGAGGCGGUGAUGACGCCGCUACACCGCGAGCCCAUCCAAUACGGCAGUCUUUGGGUCACCUUGUCGCCACAAAAUUAA